UUUUUUUUCUUUUCUCUUCUUCUUUUAGCUUUUAUAAUAAAAAUGAAAAUAAAACCUUCAAUUAUAACACUAAUUUGUAUAUGUUUAUGGUUAUUCAUAAGUCCUUCUUUUGCCAUUGUAAGAACUGAAGAACUAGCUGAAUGGACAAAAGAUGGUCUCGCUUCCUAUUUUAAGAAAUACAAAAUUAUUUAUGAUAAAACACAAGAUCAUCCUUCUUUAGUCAAGAUUGCCGAGUCCUAUAAAGAUGCAGCCUCUACUAAUAUGAAAUAUUUUGGUGACAGUGUUGAUAGAAUUCUUUCAGGGUUCACAGAUAGUCUUCAAAAGAAUACACGUUUAGCAAGUAAUGACUUGUCUGGAUUCAUUACUAAUUUAAAACAUCAAUUGCGUCAGUUAGAAUUAAAGGGUGAGCUCACUCAAGAUCAUGUUCGUGCUAUCCUUGAUAAAGCUCAUCAUCAAGCGAUACGUCAAAGAAUCAUGACUGAAGCGGAGUGGAAGAAGGCAUAUGCUGUUUUUCAAUCCUAUUAUCAACAGCCAAAAUGGUACCAACGCGUUUUAGGUUUUAAAUCUCAAGUGGAUGCUGGUGCUUCCUCUUUGAAUCAAUGGAUUCAAUCUGUCAUUGAUCAUAUUGUGGCUACAGGGAGUAUGACAAAAGAAGAAGCUAAAACCCUUACUGAUGAAAUUCGUACAAGUGUAACAAAAACAGAUCUUCAUAACCUUGGUGAUAAAGCCUGGGUUGAAGAACUCACUCAAUCUAUCACAGAUCAUACAAAACUCGAAAAAGAUAAAGUUGAAAGUAUCAUUGAAUCAAUUAAACAUGAUAUUGAAGGUUAUAAAAUCUUUGGCCUUGAAUAUACUGGUCAAGCAAAAGAAGAAGCUAAGCACUGGUAUGGCCGUACUAUCGCUUAUUGUCAAGAUGUAUGGUAUCAAAUUCAAGCAUACAUCAGACAAAUUCAAGUUCGUGUUCGUCGCUUUUGGUAUUCUCGUGAAGUACAGAAAACAAAGAAAGCUGCUGAAAAUGCAGCCGAGAGAGCUUCAGACUCACUCAUGUCUGUCGCUAGCUCUAUUACAAGUGAAUGGCAAGAUCCUGGAAAUUCUAGAGCUCGUUCUCGUACCAUUCAUUCCGUUUUAUCAAAGGCUUCAAGUGCAGCUGUUCAAGCUACAAACAUGAUUUACGAUAUGGAUUUGAAAAAUAUCGAUUUGAAGGGAACUUUUGCUCAUUAUUGGACUCAGAAGGAACAUGAUGCUUAUCGUCGUUUAGGUUAUACAGAGGCACAUAUUGAUUGGAUUAAAAAUUAUCUAUAUAAAACUUUUAGAAAUCAAAAGACUCUUGCUCGAUUUAAAGCAGAUGAGGCAGGUAUUGCUAUUAGACGUUAUUUAGAGGAUUUAGGGAUUCAAUCACCAGCUCAAGUAGAAGAUUCUGUUCAUAUGUUAAAGCGUCAUUUAGAGUUGUGGAGAACUCUUAUAGACUAAGCGAAGUAAUUACAAUUUUUUUUUCCUUUUAAGUGUAUACUCUUGUAUAAAAUGUAUGAACAAUAAUAUAUAGUAUGAUUAAUAUUAAUAAAGUAUAUGUAUA